CACUAAAAAGUACUACAAUAUUCUCUUUUCCCUCCAUUUAUUCUCUUCUUUAUGUGCUCUAUCCUACUAUAUAAACCAUGCCUAUUCUCACAUUUCAUCAUCAAUUUAUACUCUUGAGCCUCUCUAUCUCUUAUACUUCAACUUACUUUCUUUUCUUGAGUAAUUUGUGGAGAAGUUCUAAACAUGAGUAGGCCAGGAGAUUGGAACUGCAGGUCAUGCCAACACAUGAACUUCCAAAGGCGCGAAUCGUGUCAAAGAUGUGGCGAUUCGAAAUACGGAGAGAGAGUUGAUUAUGGAUCAGUGUUUGGAGGAAUUAGAGGAGGGUCUUCAUUUGGUUUGAGUGGUUCAGAUGUUCGUUUGGGUGAUUGGUAUUGUGGUGCUGGAAAUUGUGGUGCUCACAAUUUUGCUAGUCGUUUAAGUUGCUUCAAAUGUGGUGCUUUCAAAGAUGAAUUAGCUAGUGGAGGAUUUAACAAUAGUACUGAUAUUUUGCUUUCAAGAGGCUUUGGUGGAAGUACUAGACCUGGUUGGAAAUCGGGCGACUGGAUUUGUAACAGAUUAGGAUGCAAUGAGCACAACUUUGCAAGCAGAAUGGAAUGUUUCAAAUGCAGUGCACCAAGAGACACCUACUAGAGAAAUGAGACUAGAGAUGGUGCAAGAUUUCUUUAUUAGUUACUAUGAGAUGUUAAGAUUGAUGAUGAUGGUGAUGAUAGUUGAAAAGGUGGUUUGAAAUGACAUGUUAUAAGAGAAACCACGUUUCUUAGGAUCUUGUUUAGAUUUCCCUUUAAAAACUAUAACAAUGUUGUUUUGGUGUUUUAAACUAUUUUUAUUUUCUUUGAUCCUUUGUGUUAGAGAGUUCAUUUAUUGUAUGGUGCGAGGUUUUGUUGAAUGAAGAUGAAUAUCUCUCCUUUA